ACCAGACAACACGACGCUAAUCCUUUUCGUGACUAAUGAAAACACAACAAAACACUCCGCUAUCGUGAAGCGCACCUCAUCAACCCACCAGAUACUCAUUUGAGCUGGUACACGGAGGAGGAUGGGAGGUUCUAACAAGGUCGGAGUUCUCUGUGCGGAUGAGUUUGAUGCCGAAAGCGCUAAAAACAUCGCGACAGAUGGAGGACGGAGGGUCGGCGGGGUGGUGGAGGUUGUCGGGGCGGUGCUCACCCUGCUGUCGGCGGCCUUCAUCAUCCUCACCUUCCCCCUCACAGCCUGGAUGUGCGCGAAGGUGGUUCAGGAGUACGAGAGGGCCGUGAUCUUCAGACUGGGCCGGGUGGUUAAAGGACAAGCCAGAGGACCUGGUCUGCUGUGGUUCAUCCCCUGGCUGGACGUCAUCCAGAAAGUCGACCUGCGGACUGUUUCCUUCAGCGUCCGGCCACAAGAGGUCCUGACAGCAGACGGAGUCCCGCUGAAGGUGGACGCCGUCGUGUUCUACCGGGUCGUCGACCCGUCGCUCUGGGUGAUGCGGGUUCAAAACGGCUACCAGGCGACGCUGACGCUGGCCCAGACCACACUGAGGGCGACGCUGGGCGCUCACACUCUGAUGGACGUGUUAACACAAACGCCAGGCAUCACCAAGAGAAUAGAGUGGAUGAGUGCCGGAGCCUGUUGUACGCGCUUUGUCCUGCAGGAGGUGCUGUACGGAGUGUCCCUGCUCUGGGGCGUUCGGGUGGAGCGGGUGGAGCUCAAAGACCUGAUGCUGCCCGUCAGCCUGCAGCGCUGCAUGGCUGCAGAGGCUGAAGCUGCCAGGACGGCCAGAGCAAAGGCGAUUGUGGCUGAAGGGGAGGCGAAGGCGUCCCGUGCUUUGAUGGAGGCGGCGUCGGGACUUUCGUCGGUGGCGUUCCACCUCAGAUACCUGCAGUCGUUGUCCUCCGUCCAGAGCGGAGCCUCCAUCGUGGUCUUCUGCCUCCCCACAGAGCUCCUCGACGUCUUCAAUUCCCAGCAGCCUUAGCUCCUCGCAAGCUUCACCGGCUGCAGAUCUGCAGGGAAAAAGGUGCAAAGAGAUUAAAUAUGUGAACCAAACCAAAGGAACAAAGCUGUGUGAGCAUGCAGCGCUUCAUUAUGACGGUGGUGGAGUUACAUUCUCUAGCUGCUAAAUUCACUUCAAGCGUUAUUAUUUAUAAAUGUACACUUUAAAUGCAUGUGAAACACUUAAAUAAAGCUGAUUAUGAUUUUAAA